AUGCAAAGGGGCACCUCCCAGGCUCCCUGGGGGACAGCCCUUGUGGCUUCCCCACCUGGGCCGGGGGCCGCGCCGCAGGGGCUGCGCGGGUGGCUGCGGAGCGCCUACCGCUUCGCCACCGACCGGAACGACUUCCGCAGGAACCUGCUGGUGAACCUGGGGCUCUUCGCCGCGGGAGUCUGGGUCGCCCGCAACCUGACGGACAUCGACCUGAUGGCCCCGCAGCCCGUCCCGUAGCGGCGG